GGGGAACAUACAGGAGGCGGACAGGGGGGUGUUGACCCCAAAGACCAAUCACCAUGGGUCCUCAGGCCAGUACAUAUCCGUUAUCCGUUGGCCAGCAAGCGGUCUCUUAUGGUGAUCGGUGUUCAUCCACAGCAGCAACAUGACUUCCUACACAGAUAAAGGAGAGAAGCACGAGAGGGGAAAGUUUAUCAAGUUUCAUCACUUGACUUUGUGGGUAGGCAAUGCCAAACAGGCGGCAGCGUUCUAUUGUGAUAAGAUGGGCUUUGAACCUGUGGCCUACAAGGGGUUAGAGACUGGGAGCAGAGAGGUGGUGUCACAUGUCAUAAGACAAGACAAGAUAUUUUUUGCAUUUGUAUCUGCCUUGAAUCCAGGAAAUGAAGAGAUUGGGGAACACUUGAUGAAGCAUGGGGAUGGGGUGAAAGACAUAGCUUUUCAAGUGGAGGACUGUGACUUCUUAGUCAAGAAAGCUAAGGAGCGUGGGGCUGUCGUCGUCAAGGAGCCCUGGGUGGAGCAGGACAGCUAUGGCAGAGUCAAGUAUGCUGUGGUUCAGACAUAUGGAGACACAACACACACUCUUGUCGAGUACCUGGGACCGUACAAAGGCCUGUUUCUGCCCGGAUACAAAGAGCCUCUCUUCAAGGACCCCCUGCUGCCCAAACUGCCGCCAGCGGGUCUAAACUUCAUCGAUCACAUUGUGGGAAACCAGCCAGAUGAUAAAAUGGUGCCAGUAUCAGACUGGUAUCAAAAGUGUUUGUUGUUCCACCGGUUCUGGUCGAUAGACGACAAGCAGAUACACACACAUUACAGCGCCUUGAGGUCCAUCGUGGUGACCAACUACGAAGAGACCAUUAAGAUGCCCAUCAACGAGCCAGCCCCUGGGAAGAAGAAGUCCCAGAUCCAGGAAUACGUGGACUACAACGGAGGUCCCGGUGUUCAACACAUUGCCUUGAACUCGUCAAACAUCAUCGAAUCUGUAGUCAACCUCCGCGCCCGAGGCAUGGAGUUCCUGUGUGCCCCUGACACAUACUACGACAUCCUGCGGCAAAAUCUCAAGACGGCCAAGAUCAAGGUGAAGGAAGACAUCAACCGGCUACAGGAACUGAAAAUCUUAGUGGACUUCGACGACAAAGGGUACCUGCUCCAGAUCUUCACCAAACCUGUGCAGGACAGACCCACCCUGUUCUUGGAAGUCAUCCAGCGGCACAACCACUUUGGAUUUGGGGCAGGAAACUUCAAGUCUCUUUUUGAAGCUAUUGAGAAGGACCAGGAUGCCAGGGGCAACCUCACUGUGCUGACCACAGAAGGUCAGCCCAAAGCCUUUUACUGACCUGCCAGCAACCCUCACAUACAACACACACAGUCCAACACAUACUAGUAGCCAGUGCAUGAAUCCAGACAGUACACACUACAGCCAAUACAAUUUCACCCAUGCACAGACAGUACAGUAUGUCACUGAUACACAUCUAGAAAUAUUCAUGGAACAAUCUUACUACAGAUAAUAUACUACACUAGCUAAUACAGAUAGUCUACUGUUUAUUAGCUUUCCUGAUAUCAGAGUAUAACUGUAUGGCUCAAUUAAUAAAGUAUGUUCACACACUCUAUAGAUGGUCUAAUUUUGUAAAUGUGUCAAUCAAGUUCUCUUUCACAAAAACUCUUUGUAAUGGCAUUAAUCACUCAAUUUCCUUACAAGACUCAAAUGACAAGUACAGGUAAAUAUGAAAUAUAUGCAGCACCAGAGAUUUUAUUUCAAAAUAAUUUAUUUGCAUAUAAUUGGAAUGAAGCCAGGUUGAUACAUCUGUGAUGGUACUGCUGAGUUUCAUAUAGAUACUGUACAUUCUAUACAAAAACCAUGUACUGUUUUGCAAACCUGGACAAAAAUGGAUAAAUAUAUUAGUAAAUAAAUAUAUUAGUGACAUAUCACCAUAUUGAAAUGUUCUAUUAUAUAUAAAAUACAACACUUUAUUUCA